CAGCCGUCCCCCGCUGCCAAGAGCGCCGCCGGCAACGCUGGACGCUGCCGGCUGCCGGUGCCGCCAGAGGGCGCCGGUGACGAGCGGCUCGGCUGCGGCGGCGGUGACUCGUGAAGUGCUGCAGCCAUGUUCCACCUCAUGUACCAGUUCGUGGAUAACAUGCAACGCUUGGCGAAGGACGCGACAGAGGUGCUAAAUUUAACCCCUGCAGAGAUGUCUGAACUUUUGAAAAAGUCCAACGUGCCCGUGAUCUUCAUGUUGGGCGGCCCCGGCAGCGGCAAGGGCACCCAGUGCGAGAAGAUCGCGGAAAAGUACGGCUUCACGCACCUGUCUUCGGGCGACCUGCUGCGCGCCGAGGUCGACUCUGGCUCCGACCUCGGCAAGCAGAUGAAGGAGACCAUGGACGCCGGCGACCUAGUGCCCAUGGAAACUGUGCUGCGCCUGAUCCGAGAGGGGAUGGUGCUGAAGCUGGAGAACAGCAAGGGCUUCCUCAUCGACGGCUACCCGCGGGAGGUGGACCAAGCAGUCAAGUUUGAGAGCAGGUGAGCUGUGUGCCCCUGCUCGCUGGUGCUCUACUUCGAGGUGUCAGACGCCCUGAUGACAGAGCGCCUGCUGAAGCGGGGCGAGACGUCCGGCCGCUCCGAUGACAACGCCGAGACCAUCAAGAAGCGGCUCGAGACGUUCCAUAGCGUCACCGAGCCGGUGGUGACACAUUUUGACCAGCGCCUGCAAAUAAACGGCGAGCGGGCCGUGGACGAGAUCUUCGAGGACGUCUGCAAGGAGCUGGACGCCCUGUGCAGCGCGCCGGCCGAGUGA